AGGGAGGGGAGGAUCUCACAUCCUUUAACGGGCGAUUAUUUGCCCGGAGCCGGUGGACAGUACACACACACCGACAGGGAACAGACGCACGAAAGUGUUUUAUUUUUAUUUUUAAUUUUAUCAUCGUUUGUUUUGGAAUUUAUUUUGGACAUAAAACUUGGCACGGACACGAGCUGAGUGCGUCAUGUCGUCGGAGGCGCCAGAAUAAUUAAAGAGCAGCGUGACACCAAGGAGUCCCGCUGGGAUCUGAGACAGAAGAAUUCGGCGUCCCAGCGGUGUAGACUGACCCCCGAGAUCCGGUCCCCCCUGCAGUCCUGAAGGGGACCAGCUUUUUGACUUCACAUGUACUAAACGAGUCCAACAGGGAUUCAUACAUCACCUGAUUGGACUCCGCCUCAGUUUGUCCGGCCCACAGGCCUUUGUUUCUUCAAGCUUCAACUUCUUCUUUUUCCUCUCUUGUAACUUGGACUUGAGGUUCUGCCUUUAAAAAUCAGAUGACGAUGCCGUCGCAACUCAAUUUUCUGUCAGAAAAUAUGGAAACGUUUUCCGCCACCACCGCUGAGAAGGUGGAUUAUUGAAAGAAGUCUGGUGGAGCUUUUUGGGAGAAUUGAAAUGGAUGUUCGCUGCUGUUGAAACACACGUGAAGGCACAUCUGUAAUCUUGUGGAAUAACAGUCUGGAUCUGUGUGUGUUUAUCCUGCAUUCAGACACAUUUUCAUUUAAAUGAGGAGCGCUGCAGAGGAGCUCGUUUCUAAAACAUCUGUACGGACAAAGAAUAUUUACAAGCAGAAAGAAAGAUAUGUAUAUUUUUGGAUUUUUCUGAUCCAAUUUCCAGAUUGUGGGCCAUUCAGUAAAAAAAAUAGACUCUGCUUUUAGUGUUAAAGUUAAAAUUUAGUAAUGUAAAGCACAAUAUUUCCUUGUUGACAUUUUUUAUUAUUAUUAAUUUGCUGGUGGUGGAGUGCGUUUCUCAUUUUCAGGCACAUCAUUUGGUCAAAAAUCAUUUUGUAUGCCAGUUUCUGCUGUCAUGCCUCUAAAGUGGAACAUCCUGUGAUUUACAUCAAUUUAUGUCUAAACCAGGUGUUGGUGAGGCUAACAAGUCGCUGCUGCUUUUUCCAAUUCAAUUAACCUCGUCGUUAACUUUUGGCAUUCAGGUACUUUGUGCACUUUUUAGGAAAUCAUUUUAAUGACAUUUCAUUUAAUAAGAAUGCUAAUGUAUGCUAUUUCACGUUUUAUUGAAGAUCAACUCAAAUCAAGCUUUAUUUGUCAUUGCAUGAAUAAAGUGUAUUAACACAACGAAAUUCAAGGUGCCACACCAGAUCAGUACUUUAAAAUUUCUUUUUUUUAUAAAAUAUGUAACAAACAAACACCCCCCAUCCCCUACAUACAUUUCACUCUCUCUUUUCUCUCUCCCACACACACACUCACCCACCCACAUAUACUGAUGAUAACGGCCAGUCCUUCAUAAGCACAACCAAGACUAACUGCAGAAUGUGACAGUCCUAUUCCAGAAGAGGUGUAGAUUAUAAUGAAUGUUUCCUCAACAACUAUCUAUGUAAACUGUUUUUAAAAUUUAAAUUAUCAUAAUUUUUUAACUUCUUCAGGCGAUUAUAUAAUGUUCUUUGAUACCAUUUUUCUUGAUAAUUUGCAUCACGAAAGACGAAAGUCUUUUUAAUGUCUGUUUACAUUUUGUGAAGCAUUGAAACAAACCUGACACCGAUCACAGCUAUUAUUUUGGAAGUUUUGGAACCAGAUUUUUUUUUUUUGAAGGAUGUUGUGACUUUACCGGAGUUAAAUGCCUCCCUAUUCAAGUGAACCGGCCGAACUUGAAGCUCUCUUUGACUGCUGUUAACACCUUCUAUCACAUUACUUUAUUUUGUCAGUUGCCACAUUGGAAUACAGCCCACAGAAUCACAAUGUCAGCAUUUUAAUCAGCAUUUUUUUUAUCACUGAAUGUGAUUAAAGUGCCAGAAUUUGGCUUAUUGACCCCAGAGAGACGAGCCACAGGCCUGCCAAGUUUCACGGCAUCCAGCGGACAAGAGGACAUCACGGACAUCCCGCCCUGCACACCUGAAAUCACCUCUGCCUGCCUCGGUGGGGGGGGAGGGGACGGACGGACGGGAACUCUCAUCCCGUCCCGUCAGCGCCAUGGUGAUGUCGCAGGGCACCUACACCUUCCUGGCGUGUUUCGCCGGCUUCUGGUUGGUCUGGGCCGUCAUCGUCAUGCUCUGCUGUUUCUGCAGCUUCCUGCAGCGCAGGCUGAAGCGCCACCGCGAGGAGAGGCUGAGGGAGCAAUGUCUGCGCACCGUAGAGAUGGAGCCGCUCGGCUGUCCUCCCACAGGAUACCCGCCGCCGCCUCCUCCGCCGCCGCCGCUUUCACCCCCCCCACCACCUUUACAGCUGCCCAGGGAGCCGCCGCAGUUCUGCGCCCCCGAAACCCUGUCGCCGCCUCUUCCUCUGCAGGUCCCUCAUCCCAUGCCGCAAGCAAACUGGGUCAGCAUACCAGACACAGACAUAUUUGGGAAGCCGCCCUGCUAUGAGGAGGCAGUUCUGAUGGAGGAUCCUCCUCCGCCCUACAGUGAAGUAUUGGCCGACCCGCGGGGGGGCACCUACCUGAAGCCCGCCCCGCUCCGAGCCGCACCACCUGCGCCCCCGCCUCUGAGAGAACACCAGGAUCCUGCUCCAGUGUUCACGUCGGAGACCAGCAAGCCUCCAGUGAGGUCUGUGUUCCCCGAGCGAGGUUACUCCUCCCUGAUACGCCUGCCAUCGUCCCAGCGCUGGGACUCCCUGGGUCAUCUCCUGUCCAACAUGGACCUGAACCACAACAACCUCAGCCCGCCGGGGGCCCGUCCUAUCCAGGCUGCCACCGCGAUGGCUACCAUGCCCCGCCGAGAGCCCAGGAUUCACCACGAUGGACUUGGGCUCAGAGGUGGAACACAAGGGCUCCAAGGAAGUAUACAAGGACUUCAAGGAGGCAUACAUGGACUCCAAGGAAGCAUACAUGGACUCCAAGGAGGCAUACAAGGACUCCAAGGAGGCAUACAAGGACUCCACGGAGGCAUACAAGGACUCCACGGAGGCAUACAAGGAAUCCACGGAGGCAUACGAGGACUUCGAGGGGGGAUACAGGGGUUCCAAGGAGGGUUUCAAGGUCUUCAGGGGGUCCAUGGACUGAGGGAACUCGAGUCCAGCUGUGGCCUCCCAACAGCCUUCCCCCUGCUGGGUCGUAGCACCGCUGUCUAGUGCUUACUGGAGGAGUCUUAACUAACCACUAAGGUGGUUCGUCUCUAAAGAGCCUUUAAGCAGUGGACCUCUAAAGACAGACUUCCUGUCUGUGUGCCUCCUUUGCUGCCAGUAGUAGAGAUUUAAUUCCCCAAAGAGCUAAAAGAGGGUUAAAGUGCCGCCGAGGUUACCGUGCACGGCAGCUGAAUUCUCGCGAUAUCGCGCGAGAAUCGCGGUAUCCCAUGUCACGAAAAUCCAUCUCUGUCAGGCUCCAACCUAUGGUUGUUUGUUUCUGAACUACAGCUGACCGGUCAGGAGAUACCGGCAGAUACGGGCGUGGUUUAGGUGUGUGUGACGGCCGCGGCUGGUUGGUUCAAAACAACAAUGGGGGACGUGAUGGACCGAUUACCUGCCAGGUAUUUUUUUUUGAAAGUGCCUGCCCUUUCCCUAACAGUUUCCGAUGACGGCUUCUCGGAUUGGUUCUGUGUUAACAAACCAUCUGGCGUGUCAAGUCACUGCAAAGAGUUUGAUUUCCCCAUGGGCUUACUCAGCUGGGACUGUGACUUUCAGCUCUGUGUGCGAGUAAAGGAGGAAAUCACACACCAUUUGACACCAGCGUCGUCGAGUUACAGAUGCAUCCUGAUGUCACAUUAAAGCUAAUCGAGUCCCGGGUUCCUUUGAACAGCCGAGCAGAGAAAAAGGAGCAGUUACGAGCAACGUGCACAUUUCUCCACCUUUCGUUUUCAUUUCUACCUCCCCUUCUCGUGUCUUCCUCUCAUUCUCUUCAUCCCUUCCCUCCUCUCGUCUCUCUCUGUGCCGGAGCCAACCUAUUGUAGCAGUCUGCCGUUGCCAUAGCUCCCGGGAACUGUAUGUUGCCCAACAGGACCUCUCCUCUUUUAUCUGCUUUGAUUUUUUUCCAAAGACUGUGUUCACAGCUUGUCUCGUCUCAAGGACUGUGAGCACUAAGUUACAAAAGGAACACGUGGCGACCCUUCGCUUGGACUCUUCCACGGCGUUUGUGACGUCAGAGCCCGAAGGCCAGUUUUCACAGUGAGACAAAACUAAAAAAAAAAAAAAGGUCGAGUACAACAAGCUCCCCAGAGAACCGAGUGUACUUAGUUUGUAUUUUGUAACAUGCUGCUGCUUCGUUGUUUUCAGUGUCUUUACUACAAAUUGUCUGGGUGUGCGGGUCCUUCUUGUAGUCACAGGAUGACGUCUGCUAGGUCAUUCAUGUGGAAGAAACAUCAUUUUUCAUGUACAAAUUUAUUAUCAUUCUUUUAAAGCUUUGUCUGAAAUGCAUUUUCUCUUUGUGAAAUAAAAAUAAAAAGAACAUCUUCAGCUGCUAGGGUUCUUUCAAUAUUUUAUGAAUUUAAAAACCAAAGCCAAAAUGGGAACAGCUAAUUGUCUGUUUUUAUGCUCACCGUUAUAUACCAUAAAAUGUUGGAUUCCCUCUGGAGGCAAAAAAAGAUUAAAGCCAUUAACUUCA